AUGGCGCCCCGUACCGAGUUCAGCGUCGAGGAGGUUCGGAGCAAAGCUCGCAAGGACCUGCUGUAUUUGCUAGAGGGCGUACGUGGCAAGAAGAACAUCGUCUUCGAUUCCAGCCUGGUCGGCCCCGUCGGCACCGUGGUCAAGGUCCAAACACUGCAAGAGUAUGGUGUCGAUAAAUUCUUCAUCCUCGAGAACAACAACGUCGACACGAGCCAGCACAAUGUCGUCUUUGUCGCGAGGGGAGAGUGCGGUCGUCAUGCCGAGGCCAUAGCGAAUCAGAUCAGACGGGUCCAGCGCGAAAGUCAGACGACGCAUGAGUUUCACGUCUUCUGGGUUCCGCGUCGGACCUUGGUAUCCGACCAGCUGCUCGAGGAAGCGGGUGUGUUGGGCGAAGUGAGCAUCGCCGAGCUACCCUUGUCCUUUUUCCCACUGGAAAAAGACGUUCUUUCUCUCGAGCUGGACGAGUCCUUCCGAGACCUAUAUCUGUUCAAGGACACGACGCCGAAUUACCUCCUCGCCAGAGCACUCAUGGAGAUACAGCUGAACCAUGGUCUGUUCCCCCGCAUAUUCGGAUACGGGGAGAACGCGAAGCAGAUAUUCGACCUUCUCAGCCGCAUGCGACAGGAGCAGCUUGCGGGAGAAGUCGCUCCCGACGCAAACAAGCCCGGUCUGGCGCCCAGCACGACCAACGAAUCCAUCAUCAUCAUCGACCGUGAGGUCGACUUCAUCACCCCUCUCCUCACCCAGCUUACCUACGAAGGUCUCAUCGAUGAAGUGUUCGAGAUACACAACAAUCAAGCCAAGGUUGACACGACAAUUGUCGGCGCGCCCACGCAGUCCUCUACGGCGACGUCGCAGAGCAGGAAGAGGACGGUGCAGCUAGAUUCGAGCGACAAGCUGUACGAGCAACUGCGCGACUGCAACUUCGCCAUCGUCGGAGGCAUGCUCAACAAGGUCGCUCGCCGACUGCAGCAGGUUCAGGCCGACUACGAGAGCAAGCACAAAACGAAGACGCUGUCCGAGCUCAAGGAGUUUGUAGGCCAGCUCCCCGGCUACCAGCAAGAGCACCAGAGCGCGAGGACGCACACCGGACUGGCCGAGGAGAUAAUAAAGCGCACGCGAACCGACGAAUUCAAGGGCCUCUUGGAGGUGCAGCAAAACCUCGCGGCCGGUGCGGACCCCUCAUCUCAACUCGGCGGCAUAGAGGAGCUCAUCGCCUGCGGCGCGCCGCUACGCGAGACCCUGAGGUUGCUCUGCAUCUACUCGUGCAUAUCGGGGGGCAUGAAACCGAAAGAGUUUGACCAGUUCCGGCGGCUCAUCCUCCAGGGAUACGGCUAUCAGCACAUUCUGACGCUGAACAACCUGCAGAGGCUUCAGCUGUUCCUGUCACGCUCGUCGCCGCUCGCCGGCAUGAUUCCCAUGUCGGCCAGCUCUGGAGAGAGCGGCACGAAGACUAACUACACCUAUCUACGGAAACAGCUGCGGCUGAUAUUCGACGAGGUCAAGGAGGACAACCCCAACGACAUCGCAUACGUCUACAGCGGCUACGCACCGCUCUCUAUUCGCCUCGUUCAGUGCGUCAUACAGAAAGCAUACCUGCAGUCCUUGACCAAGAGUGAGUCGUCCGGGGUGGCGCAGGGCUCUGGGGGUCAAGGGUGGCAUGGCUUCCACCCUGCCGUGAAGCACGUUCGCGGGCCGUCCUUCUACGAGGUGCAGAAGGGCGAGGACAAGGCCGUCAAGGCACGAGCGUUGCUCUCUGGGAGCAAUCAGAAGCAGACCGUCUUCGUCGUCUUCGUCGGCGGUGUCACUUUUACCGAAGUCGCCGCGCUUCGCUUCAUCGCCAAGCAGGAAGAAGGUCGCAUCAACAUCGUCAUCUGCACCACUUCGAUCAUCAGCGGCAAUAGAAUCAUGGACGCAGCCAUCGAGAAAGACUCGUACGCAAGACCGUCGGAGCCGGCCGUCUCGACGUGA